AUGGUGGGGGAAUGGAUCGCAGAGAAGUUCAAACUGGGAUCUCAAAUCAUGCGCAGGUGUUUGCAACGUGUGGCCUUGAGUGCGACCGCCCAGGAAACCCGGCCGUUUCUAGACGCCACAUUGCCUCGAUACGCCGGUGCGGCCGUAUGA